UUACAUUAACUUAUUAUGCGCACGUAUGUUGAAAAACUGCGGGCCCAUCCGGCGAGUUAUCGACCUGACGGCGUCACUUCCUGUCCUCGCUCCUUUCUCUGUGCUUCAGUCGACUGUGUGACCCGCGUGUUUACACACUCCCAGAUGAAGGAGUCGAUAAUGAACCAGGAGAAGCUCGCCAAACUGCAGGCGCAGGUCCGCAUAGGCGGCAAGGGGUCAGCCCGCAGAAAGAAGAAGGUGGUGCACAGGACAGCAACAGCAGAUGACAAGAAGCUGCAGUUCUCCCUCAAGAAACUGGGAGUCAACAACAUCUCUGGCAUUGAGGAGGUGAAUAUGUUCACAAACCAGGGGACGGUGAUCCACUUCAACAACCCAAAGGUUCAGGCCUCCUUGGCUGCCAACACCUUCACGAUCACGGGGCACGCUGAGAACAAGCAGCUCACAGAGAUGCUCCCGGGAAUCCUAAACCAGCUGGGCGCCGACAGUCUCACCAGCCUCAGGAGAUUAGCAGAGACCCUUCCCAAACCAGUGGGAGAGAACAAAGCCCCCAUGGUUGCUGCUGAGGAGGAGGAGGAGGAUGAGGUUCCAGAUCUCGUUGAAAACUUUGACGAGGCCUCAAAGGACGAGGCAAACUAACAAACACCAGCAAACAUUUCGAGGCCCCCCUUGGCUCACCGUACUCAGCAACACAUAUUGUAAUUGUUCAUCUCUGAAACCGCUCUUGGGCUAUUAACAAAAAAAAGUGGCUUUUUUUAAUCACAACUUUGAUAAAUGGGCUAAAAUUGACUUUUUUUUUUUUUUUUUUUUUUUUUUUUUUUUUUACGUCAACUGUUCACUUACCCUCUUGUUCGAUUUGUCUUGUUCUGCAGUACAAAUUAGAUAAUUUAAUUCAGUGGAAUGUGCAAACCUUUCUCUUUCAUGCACUGCCUCUCCUCCAUUGGGAUGCACAAACAUCCAAAAUGUAUCAGUGGAUUGAAUCAUGUAAUAAAAAAAAUUACACUCAAACAAAAGGCAUUUUGUUAGUUCUAUCAGAUUCAAACUCAUGAUCCACGGGGGAUUAGGAGAUGGAAAUCAGGCCAGUGCUCCUCCUAUUAGGGAAAAGUACAGAAGUUGCUAUUGCUUUUCAUAAUGACACAUUCUGGAAGCCCAAAUGUCUUUGAGUGCAAUGUUCUCCAAAAUAUUUUCAAAUGUUUUGUAUUCAGAUAAAAAUAAAGCAUAUAACUCCUA